AUAACGUCGACUCGUUACUAGUUCUGUUAGCUUAGCUGCUCAGAGUGACUCUGUUCGAGGCCGCAGUUACACCCGUUAUUGCUGUGUGAAGUUAUUUUUGGGAGAGAAAGAAAAAUGUUCGGCACAGUCAGCCGUCAGCUCAAAAACCACCCCGCUUUGAUCCCCCUGUUCAUCUUUAUCGGAGGUGGCUGUACGAUGUCUCUGACUUACUUGGCUAGACUGGCUCUCCGUAACCCCGACGUCAGCUGGGACAGAACAAACAACCCCGAACCCUGGAACAAACUAGGGCCCAAUGACCAGUACAAGCUAUUCGCCGUGAACAUGGACUACAGCAAGCUGAAGAAGGAUCGUCCUGACUUCUAAGUCCACAGAUUUCUGGAGAAGCCUCCCUCUCUCGCACUGCUGGACCAAAGGCGUGAGAAAAAUAAAAAUGAAAGAAGCAAUCUUUGCAUUUUUUCCCCUCCAGCAUCCUCCGACCCAACUUGAGGAAAGAGCCUAAACCGCACAAUUCUGGCACUUGUCAUUUGCCAAGAUCGUUUUUAUAAUUUAUGUGUUAAUUUUUCUGCCUGUGUUUUAUUUUAUUUUUUUCCUCAUUCUUCGUGGGCGUCCACAGCAACAUAAUAAAGGAGGCUUAAUCUCCCCUGUACAGAGAA